AUGUUGCUGCCUGAAAAUGUCGAGGAUAUCUUUCCAAUGACCGAUUUCCAGAUACAGAGCAUCAAGCAGCCAUGCAACUACUUCUACUUUGACAAUGGUACUGAGCAGGUUGAUGAAGGGCUAUCGCGAACUAGUUGGGAGCUGCUUUUCCAGCAUUACCCAUUACCUCGAAGCACUUUUAUGUCCUUCGAGGGAAAUGAUUUCAUAGUUGUGCAACAACAGUCAUCGCCGUCUCUCACCAUUGUCGAUACCAAAAGCUCUCUGGAUAUAGCCUGUACUGCCAUCUGUGAAGAUGAUACUCGCCAGAGACUCUCUCCAAAUGAACUUCACACUAAAUUAGUUCUUGUGCGCAGCCACUCUCACAACCAAGAGGUCCAAACCUCGCGACUAAUCAUUCGCCUCUCGCAUGCCCAAUAUGACGGUCUUUCCUUAGCACCCAUGCUUCAGACCUUGGCAGAUGUUUAUGAUGGGAAAGUGCAGGACGCUCAGAUGUCAUCUCCCGACUCACCCUUCCCUAUUUACCUAGCCCACCUGGUUACUCAGCGCAAUCGGUCUCGGUUAGAUUGGACUCGCCGUAUGGCUGGUUCACGCAACACCCCGUUUUUUUCGUGUCUUUCCAACAGCCAGGUUCCCGGUUGCCCUUCAAGGUCAAAGACAUUCUACAAAAUUCAAGCUUGUCACACUUCAUCAACAGAAAUUUGA